UGACCCGGCCUCCUCCACUCGGUUGUGGCUGCGGCGGGAUGGCGGAGGCAGUGGCGACACCGGCACCGGCACCGGCACCGGCACCAGCUCCGGGAGUCAGUGGCUCGGGCAUGGACACGCGACUGGAGCAGGAGACCGCUCAGUGGCUGCGCUGGGACCGGAAUCCCUUAACUUUGGAGGCAGUGAAACAGCUCAUCGCUGAGGGUAAUAAGGAAGAGCUACAGAAAUGCUUUGGGGCCCGGAUGGAGUUUGGGACAGCUGGCCUUCGAGCUCCUAUGGGAGCUGGGAUUUCGAGAAUGAAUGACUUGACCAUCAUCCAGACCACACAGGGAUUUUGCAGGUACCUGGAAAAGCAGUUCAGUGACCUGAAGCAGAGGGGCGUGGUGGUCAGCUUUGACGCUAGAGCUGACCCUGCCAGUGGAGGCAGCAGCAGGAGGUUUGCACGGCUGGCUGCGACUGCAUUUAUCAGCCAGGGGGUUCCUGUGCAUCUCUUCUCUGAUAUAACUCCCACCCCAUUUGUGCCUUACACAGUGUCACAUCUGAAGCUCUGUGCUGGGAUCAUGAUCACUGCCUCACACAAUCCGAAGCAGGACAAUGGCUAUAAGGUCUACUGGGACAAUGGAGCUCAGAUCAUCUCUCCACAUGAUCGAGGCAUUUCUCAAGCUAUUGAAGAAAAUCUAGAGCCCUGGCCGAAGGCUUGGGAUGAGUCUUUGAUUGACAGCAGUUCCCUUCUUCACAACCCCAGCACUUCCAUCAGUCAUGACUACUUUGAAGACCUGAAAAAAUACUGUUUUCACAGGGGUGUGAACAGGGACAGCGGUAUGAAGUUUGUGCACACUUCUGUCCAUGGUGUGGGCCACGAGUUUGUGCAGCUGGCGUUCAAGGCCUUUGACCUCGCUCCUCCUGAAGCUGUUCCUGAACAGAAAGAUCCGGAUCCUGAGUUUCCAACCGUCAAAUACCCAAAUCCUGAGGAGGGUAAAGGUGUCUUGACAUUAUCUUUUGCCUUGGCUGACAAGAUCAAGGCCAAAAUUAUCUUAGCCAAUGACCCAGAUGCGGACAGACUUGCUGUGGCUGAAAAGCAAGACAGUGGUGAGUGGAGAGUGUUCUCAGGCAAUGAGCUGGGGGCCCUGCUGGGAUGGUGGCUCUUCACUUCCUGGAAAGAAAACAACCGUGAUCGCAGUGCCCUCAAAGACACAUACAUGUUGUCCAGCACCGUCUCCUCCAAGAUCUUGCGGGCCAUCGCCUUGAAGGAGGGCUUUCAUUUUGAGGAAACAUUAACUGGCUUCAAAUGGAUGGGAAACAGAACCAAACAGCUAGUAGACCAGGGGAAGACGGUCCUAUUUGCAUUUGAAGAAGCUAUCGGAUAUAUGUGCUGUCCCUUUGUGCUGGACAAGGAUGGAGUCAGUGCAGCUGUCAUAAGCGCAGAGCUGGCGAGCUUUCUAGCAACCAAGAAUCUGUCUUUGUCUCAGCAGCUGAAGGCCAUCUAUGUGGAGUAUGGCUAUCAUAUUACCAAAGCUUCAUAUUUUAUCUGCCAUGAUCAAGGCACCAUUCAAAAAUUAUUCGAAAACCUGAGAAACUAUAAUGGGAAAAAUGGUUAUCCCAAAACAUGUGGCAGAUUUGAAAUCUCUGCUAUCAGGGACCUUACAACCGGCUAUGAUGACAGCCAGCCUGAUAAAAAAGCUAUUCUUCCUAUCAGCAAGAGCAGCCAAAUGAUCACCUUCACCUUUGCUAAUGGAGGUGUGGCCACCAUGCGGACCAGCGGAACAGAGCCCAAAAUCAAGUACUAUGCAGAGCUGUGUGCCCCCCCUGGCAACAGUGAUCUGGAGCAGCUGACAAAGGAACUAGAUGAGCUAGUCAGUGCCAUUGAAGAAAACUUUUUCCAGCCGCAAAAAUACAACCUGCAACCAAAAUCAGAAUGAAAUAUUGAAGCAUUGGAUAUGAUUACAUUUACCUCCUAUUAAGUUGAACUAUUUUUUUUUUUCUUUCUUGGUUUUGAUUUCUUGAGACGGGGUUUCUCUGUGUAACAACCCUGACUGUCCUGGAACUCACUCUGUAGUGAGUAAGGCUGGCCUUGAAUAUGCAGAGAUCUUCCUGCCUCUGCCUUCAGAGUGCUGGGUUUAACUUGAUUUUCAAAGCAAUAUUCUUGUGAGUGCCAAGUGAUUCAGAUAAUCACCACAAGUAUUUACAUAUUUUUAACAGCUUUACCUUCCUUGGGGUUUUAUAUUUUUGGGCCCAAAAGUAAAUGAAGAAAACAUGACCAAACCCAACAAAGUAACAUUUCUGUGGAAAUGUUAAGUCUGGGCAUUAUCUGAAUUUUUUAGAUAAAGAUUUUUUUAAUUCAAAAAGUAGAUUGUAAAUAAUAUGCCUUACUUUGCAUAUACAUGUCUUUUGUGUAAUUCUUUGUAUGUGUAGUUGAGAUAGACAGAAAGCCAAUACAGUUCAUCAAGUUCCAGACUGUUGUGUCUAGGACAUCUGCUUUAUAAAAAUAUUUAUAUCUAUGUUUCUGUCAGUUACUUAUAUAGUACAAUAAACAAACCAAAUGAGCUAA